UGAUCGGUACACGACCAGCUAGUUCGCAAUCGGUUCGCAAGAAAAUGUUCCAUCCAUCCCGAUGGAUGGCAAAGUGCCGCGUGUGGUAUGCAGCGACCUUUAAGUUUUCUGCAGAUGCUGACUAUUUCUUUCUCGUGCAACCGCUCUGCCGAUCGCUGCAACUGUUUGGCAAUCCAGUGCGUUGCCUGCAGGAGUUCGGUACGGUUCGUGGCCUGUUCGUACAGCUCUGUCGGUUCCUGUUUUUGCUGCCGUACGCUUCAUUCGCGCUAAAAUCUUACUGGCAGCUAAACCAUCCGUUAGAUACUAACAAUUCCAUCCUUACGUAUGGAUCAUUCGUGAUUUACAUGCUUUGGGCGAUUCUAAUCUGGGUGCUGAACCAUUACGAGCACGAAAUGUGUGAGCUAAGGCUUUUUUUUAAGAAUCCCACCUACCAGGAGCAAAGCGAUUGGGCUCACCGAAUCCGUGCUGGUAAUUACCGUCGAUGGAACUGGAUGAUACUCAUGUUCUAUCUGUUUAACGUCAUAAACGUGUCGAUCUUCACGCUUACCAACGCCCAUAACAGGCAGUUUCAUUUUCAAACCCGGGGUGAAGUCGUGGGACCGUUUUAUUUUCAAAUCAUCGUCGAAAUUUUCACUGGCUACUUGAGCUUGGGCUACUUUGUGCCCUCCUGUAUAACGCUCAUGACACUGCAGUUAUUUCGAACGGAGAUGCACAUUUUAACCACAACCCUUAAGCAAGCGGCCAAUGAAGAGCAGCAGCAACAGCAGCACCAACAUGCUGUCAACAUCCGCUGCGCAUACCAUUCGUUUUGCAAGCAGUUUUACGCUAACAUUCGGCGCCACACGGAACUAUUGCAGUAUGUAGUAGCAAGUGGUAUCGCUAAUAGAUGUGUUUUAAAAUCUGCUUCUUUGUCAUUUGUCAUUCCAGGUCCAUUGCCACGUUUUCGAAAGUGUUUAGCCCUAUCAGCGUGUUGCUGUACUAUGGAGCUCUCAUUACAAUAACAUGCACAUGCUUUUACGUAAUGAAGCAUGACGUUUCUACAACCACAGUCUGCUAUGCAGGAUUUGCAGUUUAUAUGAUAUUCAAUACGCUACUGUUUUGCAAAAGCAUCGAUAGUGUUAAUGAUCUGGUAAGGUGUAUGUUCAUGUCUGACAAGUCUUCGCUGCGAUUAAUAAGCAAUCAACUUAAAUCAUCUCUCCUUCCUUUGCCAAACAGCACACGGAGGUGGGUUACAUUAUGUACAGCGAGUACUGGCCAGCGACGCUACAGUAUGCGGACCAGGGCUUGUCAACCGAAACACUGCGACCCUUGCGCCGCAGUAUAUUGAUCGUUUUGCAGCAAACUUUGCGACCGCUCCGAUUCGGUUACGGCGUGUCCGGUUCCCUCUCGAUGCAAAGAUUCGGAGAAUUCAUGCAACAAAUUUACUCACUGAUAAUGUUUUUAGCUCAGCUUAAUUAAAACAAUAGUUUUUGACAUUAUCGUUAGUCACGUAGGAGUUACCAAGUGUGCAGUGUUCUUCUUUCUUAUAGGACAACACAUCGUGUGUUGGCAAUGUUAGUUUCACUGAAGCCUCUGUUUGUUUGUUUUUUCCUGUUGGACACCAUGUUCCUUGCGUUUGAUGUAUUAUUCGUAACAACUAUGCCAAUUAUCUGCUGUUAAUUAUCGUAUGUAUAGACCAAACAUUUUGUCACCUGCAAAUACUGGUUCUUGUCUCCAGUUUGUCAUCGAUUCUAGUCGUAUCAACACGCAUUUACUACUGCACAGUAUGUGGCAUCACCAGGUGCAGUUGUGGUUUCGGUUUCUACUUGGACGAUUCACCACAUUCACCGACAGUUCAGACUACUUCGAUCUGUACAAAACACUGGCAACGAUAUCGGCCAUUCACUACGAUGCGUCUUGCUGGUUCGAUCGAGCGAUCUGGAUCGUCUACCGGUCGCUGCCAAUCUUGGUGAACAUCUCCUACUUCUACAAAGCCUAUCGGCUCAUGCUGUUCCCCGAAGACAACACCUCAGCCGCCAGCGUUAUCGCAUCAGUGUGGGGCUUUACCGAGGGAACGCUACGCAUUUGUCUCAUAGAGCUGCGGUAUGGCACGCUGGCUAGCAUUAUGUCCUUCCUGAACGAGCGAUCGUACCGGCAGCAAGAUUCGCUGGUGCGUCAGCAACGUGCCACCCUGUUCGGCGAGAACAACCGCAUCCAGCUCAUUCUCGUCGCCACGAUGCUGAUGGAAGCGAUCUGGUUCAUGACGACGCAGCUCUUCAGCCGGGAUGCCUUUAUGCUGCAAGUGAACGGACACGUGGUGGACAGCAUAGCGGUUCAAAUACUUUACGGCCUGCUGUCGAACGUGUGGGGCCUAAUCUAUGUGCUUUCCUUUGCCAUAUUCUACAUCAUCAUGAACACACUGCAUCUGGAAAUGAGCAUUCUGCUGGACGGCAUUACAAGUGUACAGUUCACGGUUAUGCGUCGGUUGAAGCAACGAAAGGAAACGCUAGCGGCAUCCGGACAUUCCUCAACUAUAGAACAGCAAGUUUUCUGGAGCAUUCUACAGCCGGAGCUGUACAGCCACAUCUCACGGCACGUUGAUCUCCUUGACAACCUCAAAGAGUUCAGCUCUAUUGUGGGCCCAUUUUCCUUCGUACAGUACUAUGGUACCUUAGCGCUGAUUGCCGACUGUGGAUUCAUCCUUUCCAUAGAGGGUCUGUCGGCGAACGGUAUGAUCUACCUACUGUUCGUUACCGUGUUAGUGUUUCAAUCGUUCAUCCUUUGUCGCGGAAUCGAGAAGUUAAAUGAUCUGGUAAGAAACUGCAAUGAUAUGAUUGCUUUUUUAACGAACCAUAGUUAUUUCUUAUUGCUCCACCAACUCCAGAACGAAGCCAUUGGACAAGCCCUGUAUAGCGGGUUUGACUGGCCCGACAUGCUUCGGUACGAUCAACGCUUUCGCUGCCAGUACGUAACCGUGCGGCAUACGUUAAUGAUCGUUAUUGGCCGCUCCCAGAAAGGAUUCCAGUGUUCGUACGGAGGCCUCGGCAGCAUCUCUAUGGAACGCUUCGCCCAGCUUAUGCAGAAAAGCUACUCGUUGUUAACGAUUUUACUUCAGUUCGCCAAGUAAAAGCUACAAACAUGGGAACGCAUCAGGCCACAACAACUAGAACAAAUCACUAUGCUGCACUAUAAAUGAAAACACAUCUAUUAGUAAUCGUUGCUAGCGUCGGUGCACAACAAAGCACACGCGUUCGAGAUUGGUACGUUCUUCAGAGACUUUCAGAACCGAACCUAUAGGUAAUUGGUGACCAAUCUCACUGUACUACUACAUCACACUGCCCACAUUGCAUUAGUUGCUGGUUUGUACAAACACAGCUGAUACUGAUACACGCUUACUUUAAUGCUAGCCAGCUCGAGCCGGCCUUCGAACACCAUGCUUUAUAAACAAACCCAGUAGAUGAAUGUGGUAGUGUACUUAUCGAUCGGUGUGACACUCCAUGUGUCACUCAUUUUUAAAGCACACCGCAGAAUAUAUAACGCUAUACACCUCCACAUACCUAAAAAGAAAGAA